CACACUCUCUGCAAACACUUCAUAUUUAGCAAAAUCACAAGAAGCUGAAACCUAAAAAGGGUUCCCCAACUUAUUAGAUAUUAAAACUAUGGGGAGAGGUAGGGUUCAGUUGAAAAGGAUAGAAAACAAGAUCAACAGACAAGUUACUUUCUCCAAAAGGAGAGCUGGUUUGUUGAAGAAAGCUCAUGAGAUCUCUGUUCUCUGUGAUGCUGAAGUUGCUUUGAUCGUCUUCUCUCACAAGGGCAAACUUUUUGAGUACUCCACUGAUUCCUGCAUGGAGAAGAUACUUGAACGCUAUGAAAGGUAUUCUUAUGCUGAGAGACAGCUUGUUGCUACAGAGUCCCAACCUCAGGGCAACUGGUCCAUGGAAUAUAACAGACUUAAGGCCAAGGUUGAGCUCUUGCAGAAAAAUCACAGGAACUAUAUGGGAGAAGAUUUAGAUUCACUGAGUCUCAAGGAGCUGCAGAACUUGGAACAGCAGCUUGAUACUGCUAUUAAACACAUUCGAUCUAGAAAAAACCAACUCAUCUGCGAAUCAAUCUCUGAGCUUCAGAGAAAGGAGAAGGCGAUACAGGAGCAAAACGCCGUGCUAGCAAAGCAGAUCAAGGAGAGGGAGAAGACAGUGGCGCAGCAGUCGCAAUGGGGGCAGCAAGAACAUGGCCUCAACACAUCAUCUUAUCUGCUGCCUCAUCCGCCACCGCCGCAUCCUUGUUUGAAUAUCGGUAGCACGUACCAGGAAGAGGCAACUGAAGUGAGGAGGAAUGAACUUGACCUUACCCUUGAACCUAUUUACCAUCUGGGAUACUUUGCUGCAUGAAAUUGGUACUAUAUAUAUAAAUAUUAUAUAUGUGUAUGUAUGCAUGCAUGCAUGUAUGUAUAAGAAUGCUUUGUUUUAGCAGCUAAUUAUGAAGUUUUGGAUUGUAUGAAUAGGGACAGUGAUGGAUUUGCAUUAUCAUGG